AUGAGUCCGCAUACAUUACAAGAAGUUCUGCCUGUACACUUAUCGAAAUCUAAUAUUAAAGAAUACGUUAAUCAGAAAAUGGAAAUAUGCAAUCUAGUGAAAAUAAGUAUCUCCGGACAAAAUAUCAAAUCCAUUGAUAUAGACUUAAACCUGUCUAAAUUACGAGAAAUUGAUAUCUCUUACAACCAAUUGAGUGAAUUCCCAAACAGAAGCCUGAUGGAAAACGUCCGAGUAUUACCGUCGCUAGAGGAAUUAGACAUCUCAUGGAAUCUUUUGAGUAAUUGUCUUCAAACUAUUAACAGUUUUGCAACUUUCAUACCUAACAUGUAUAAAUUAAAGAUAUUCAACAAUCCUUUCGCCGAUAUCGUCGAUCCCGACGUCAUAGAUUAUUUAAUACAAACGUAUAUACCGAAGUUACAAUUCAUUAACAAUUGUAAAUGUGAAAAUCUCUGUUUAUCCCAAAAUUAUUUCCCGUGCGCUUUUAACAUGUGCAAAUUGAACAGCAAACGACGUAACAAGCUGAUCUAUUUGAAACACAAUACGUGCGAAAACGUAGAACAGAUGAAAUUGUUGGAAAAGAAAAACAUUGAACACGCAAAAUACAUUCACAUCUCACAAGAUUUCAUCGUUGCCUCGAACGCAUCGAAAAGAGCGAAAAAUGUACAAGAAUUUUGUGCUACGUGUUGCCUGUUGUCCACAUUCCCUUUUACAAAACCGUUAAAUCAUUUAAUAAAACUAAAUCUCGGCAAUAAUUAUAUUUCUCUCCUGGAUGAUUUUACUCAAGAGAACCUUCCCUCGUUGAGAUACCUGGACUUAACAAACAAUUUGAUAACGAGCUUAGAAUCAAUGGGAUCGUUUUACACGCUACAAGAAUUUUAUUGUGGAAACAAUGAAAUAGAGAAAAUAGCACAGAUAGACAAUGUUAAAACAUGGCAAGCAUUACGUAUCAUUGAUUUGUCCGAGAAUCCAUUAACUAUGGACACGUUCUACAAAAAGUUUCUUAUAUUUCACUUGAGUAGCAUUGAAGUGGAUCUUUCUGCGGAAUAUUUACCACAAUUAGAGAGCUUAGAUCUAAGUAAAAAUCAAAUAACUUAUUUAUGGGGUCUCCAUUCAUUUAAACAUCUACGCACAUUGUGCUUGAGUUACAAUUGUCUUGAAAUAUUUAGUGGUGAUGAAUACGAGAAAACUAAGUGUAUAUACCCAAAGUUGUACACAUUGUUUUUAGAUCAUAACUACAUCAAAUCGGUAACGAAUAUUACUAAACAGAAAUUGCCGGUGAUUAAACACGUGUUUUUGAACAAUAAUCAUCUUCAGAAUAUUAAUGAAAUAAUCUAUUGCUCCACAUUGGAAUCCUUAAUUCUUGAUUAUAACGAAAUUGAAGCAUUAAACGUAGAAGAUUUCGUGGAAAAUGAUAAUUUAAAACUCUUAUCUCUUGAGAAUAAUAAGAUAAAGUCCUUGGAAUUUACAAAAGCGUUAAAAAAAUUGAAGAAACUUUAUGUUGCUCAUAAUUGUGUGGAAAAUGAAAUUGAAAUGCAAUAUUUACUGUUGCUGAAAAAUUUAGAAGAGAUUACAUUUGAAGGGAACCCUUUAUAUAACGAAUCAAAUGGGAAUAAAAUAAUAGUUACAGAUUUCGGAGUUAGAGAUGCGGAAAUUGAGAAAAUUUAA